AUGGUGGGUGGGAACAGAAGAGACGAGGGAUCGUUCACGGUGAGCAACACUAAUGUUUUUGCGGCGUUGGAGAGCCUGAGGAAGAAGAAGAAGUCUGACAAAGAGAAGAAUGUAGGGAAGACCAGUAAGAGUGCCUCCAAAGCUGGGAAAUCAAAAGAACCUGAGAAUGAGAAGCCGCAGAUGUUCUGGGCUCCUGCACCGCUGACGGCCAAGUCAUGGGCUGAUGUGGAGGAUGAGGAUGAUGAUGAUUACUAUGCCACCACUGCCCCUCCCCAGUCUCUUUGGGGGGGUUCAGGUUCGAAUAAACCUGAAGAGACUCAUAAACCAGACCCCUUGGAGGAAAGUGAAAGUGAAGAAGAACUUCUUGAUGAAGGUGAUGAUGAUGUGGAGGAUGACCACGAUCAUGAACCAGAGGUGCAAGAACAGCCUGAUCCAAUUGUGAAAAAGCCUGUAGAAACUUCUCAGGCAGUCAAAGAAACAGAAAGACAGCUCUCCAAGAAGGAGAGAAAGAAAAAGGAGCUUGCCGAAUUGGAGGCCAUUUUGGCCGAUCUUGGAGUUACACCUAUGGAGAAAGAGCAAGAUGAGUCAACUGAUGCUACUAAAGAAAAGAAAGAAGGUGCAUUGAAUGGAGAUGCUGAGAAGAAGGAUAAUGUCCCUGCAGAAUCUAAAAGUGCAAAAAAGAAGAAAAAGAAGGAUAAAGUUUCAAAGGAGGCUAAAGAACAUGAGGAUCAAGCCAACAGCACGAAUAUUUCUAACAGUCUAGAAGAAGCUGCUGGAACCGAACAGGGAGAAGAAGAUGCAUCUGCUGUUGACGUGAAGGAGCGUCUGAAGAAGUUGGCAUCUUCUAAGAAGAAGAAAUCUAGCAAAGAGAUGGAUGCUGCUGCUAGAGCUGCUGCUGUGGAAGCCGCUGCAAGGAGUGCAAGACUUGCUGCUGCUAAGAAGAAAGAGAAGAACCAUUACAACCAGCAGCCAAUGCGGUAG